AUACGAGCCAGUUUCCUCGAAUCGACAAUCUAACUAAAAGAUCCAAUAAAGCUCGAUUCAUCAAAACUAAACCACUCUAACCAUGCUCUCAAUCAAAUCUACCUUCGUUGUAGCGAUCGGACUUAUUCUCGUUAACCAAGCUGCUGCUUAUAAAGGAUGGGGAGAUCCAGCUUGCUCUGAGGCUUCUGAGAUCACAGGAUCAGACUGUCAUGCCGCACUCAAACAAUUCUUUGAGACUUCGGGUGUUUAUACCUCUGUACAAGCAGGCGACUCUGUCAAAAGUUUUGGUACUUGUUCGGUUACUCUCAACGUACCCAAGGAGGGUUGUCAAGUAGGUCAGGAAUAUUUGAUUAGUGGAGAAAAUCCAAAGCUCAAGGAAUUAGGAGGAGACAGAGGUGGAAUGGGUUAUUUAAUAAGCAAAUGUAUUGAUAACAAAAAGAGUGGAGACGUACUGAUCUUUUCAGACCCAGCCUUCUCAGAUCCUGGUGGCCGUGCCGUUUCUUGUUCAUGGCGAAUCAAAAUUGCUCAAAACCAGGGAUGAGAUUGCUUCAUUUGAUCUGAUCCCAAAGCCUGAGUACACUAUUUUUUGUCUAGUUGUGUGCUUAACACAAGUGUUCUAUGAUUCACUACAAUUCGAUGUAUCUGUUGGCUAUUUCCCUUUUCCUUCCUCCUGUUCUUUUCAGUGUUGUUAUCAGUGGUAUUCAUUGUUAUAAGCAGUGCCAUGAUCUGAUGGUUCCAUAAACUGGGCAUGAAUACCUUUUCUCUAUGUGAUCUUUUCUCUUUCUAUCAUCCAUGUUUUCAAUGUUCUUAUAGGUUGUUUUUGUUGUUAAUAGCAAUUACAUGAUGUGACACUUUAGAAUCUUGCUUUCACAAUCAGGAUACAUCAAGUCUUUUCCAUCCUUGCAGCUGCCUUGUGUUUUGUGAGGAGAUUUCACAAGUCAACUUUACUAU